GUGCUGGGGAUUGGCCGCCCAAGAGCAGGCUGCCGAAGGCGGCACCGUCAAGCUCUUCGCGGAGGGAGAGUUCGGACUUCGGCGUGCGUGCGUGAGGGAGGAGAAGUUUCCCGGUAGGGAGAGCGAGAGGCCGGCCCGUCUCUGAGGUAGCCCCGGAUAAGCCUCCGAACGGACACCGUCUUUCCGCAUCUUCAGGCGGGAAGGCUGAGAGGGUGGGUUUCCCGCCCAGCGCUUUGGGUGGCUCUUGCCUGAAAUCGUUGGGAAGGGAGAAGGGAGAGUUCCCCACACGGGUCGUUCCUUGAGCCCCUAAUCAGUAUCGUAGCGAGGGAUUUUUUGGGGGGGAGUGGGUUUGCCAUACUUCCGGAAUUUCCCGGACACAUAAGGAACACCGCGGCCGCCGGCAAUGUCCCGGCGGGAAUCGCCUAUGUGCCCGGAAAACACCGGACGUGUGGCAGCCCUUGUCGUUUUUGCCCAUUCUCAAAAAUACGUAGCUCAAAAACAAUGACUACUCUCCCCGAAAGCUCUACAACUUUUCUGUCCAGGUUUUCACUUUGGAUUUCACGGUGCAAUGGCUCUUUUGCGCCCUAGGCAAGGCUAACUACUUGCUCCCCCAGUUUUUUUUUUUAUUUUCGUAACUUCAAUUUUCAAAAACUUGUAAGGAAACGCAAAAACUUAUUCCAGAUUGCGAGAAUAAGUAAUACAGCCAUUUCCGAUUAGCUUCCUUAAAUACCUUGGGUAUAGGGCAGUAUAGAAAUAAAAUAAAUUAAUAAUAAUAAUAAAUAAAAUGAAAAUGUUUCUGUGCCCAAGUCGUUUUGAAUAUUCCUGCCAAUGGCGGUGCUUUCGAGUCUCUUUAAAAGCACGUCAAAAUCUCGUUUUGCAGGUUUGGCCACCAGUUUUUUCAGGACUGGCGCAGGUUCAGUUGGCAUUUGCUGCCAGGCCAGCUGGUCUCUUUUGCAGCGUGGCUGAGUGUAUGUAAGUUUGGGCUUUGAGAAGCUGCGUUGAAGGUGUAGAAUAAAAGUAAAAUAUUGUUGGAAAUUUGUAAGAUAUAACAAGAACUAAUUUUUAGAAUGCUGUGCCAUUCAAAUGUCCGUUCUUUGGUUGGCUGCCUAGUUGGCCCAGUGAUAUCACUGGACCUGCACUCAACCCAUCUCCCUUCCUUCGAUUUGCUUGGCCUCUCCUGAGGUGUUCUGCUUCCUACUGCUAAUCUAAGUUAGAAGAAUUAGCGUGCAAUAUUUGAACGCUGUGGGACACCCGAAAGUGCUGUAGCCCAACCUUAGGCAUUUGUGCUCCUAAAUACGACACCCUUCCCCCCAAAAAAAAUCCUCCUGGGGGGUUUUGACACAAGUAUACAUGAUUUUAGCUUUUAAGGUGACAUAUAAUCAAAUAACGAUGCAAUCCUAUAACACAUGUCUGAGAAUAAGUUCUACUGAAUACAGCAGGCCCUGCUUCUGAGUAAACAUUCACGGUGUUGCACUGCAUGGCUGCAAUCCUCUGUGCCCAUACCUGGGAGGAAAUCCCGCUGAAGGCAUAUGGACUUUCUUCCGAGUAAAGGCCUGACGGCCAACUAUGGAAAUCCUGGAUUCUUCCCCAUGCCAUAUCCCUUUCUGGCCCUGCUUUCUGGCUGGGAAUGCUUUUCCACCCCUAAGUACAGUCGUACCUUGGAAGUCUAACAGCUUGGUUCCCAAACAUUUUGGUUCCUGAACAUCACAAACCUGGAAGUGACUGAUCCGGUUUGCGAAUUAUUUUUGGAGGCCGAACGUCUGACGGGGCUUCUGAUUGGCUGCAGGAGCUUGGUUUUUGAACGUUUUGGAAGUCGAAUGGACUUCUAGAACGGAUUCCGUUCAACUUCCAGGGUACGACUAUGGUUAUUGAGUAAGCUUCAACAUACUGAAACCUACUUCCCAGUAAACAUAACUAGAACUGUGCUGUAAAUUUCAGCUACCAUUCUGAAAUCUGCUUCUUAAAAUGGAAGAGGUGUUGAUUUUGAGGUUCUUUCUGCUCUGACCUCAUUGUGUGGUUACUCCAGGUUCUCAAUUCAGUGUUUUGCUAAAGUUGAGCCCUUUCCUAACAACUCUCCACAGGUUGUCCUCUUCUUACUCUCCACCCCUUAUAAAUGCUGAUAAUAAGUUCUGGCAGUCUAAUACCUCCAUGUGCCCUGUUGUUGCUUGUGAAGUUCUACUCUAAUACACAUUCACAUAUGUUUUAACCUAUUUUUACCUUGCUGUUGAUUUUAAUUGUAUUCUGAAAGUUUCCAAUACCUGUUUUUAAUUGUUUCAUUGAUAAUUUAAAUCUUUCAUUCCUUUUGUAAACCAUUUAAAAUAUUUUUAUUGCAAUCAAGCAUUUAAAUUAACAUUUUGUCAAAGUAAGAAUGAAUUGACAUUAAAAGUACAGCAGAACAAGACAGCUCACAUCCUCCCAUCUUCAAAAAAUAAAACCCACCUCAUGGAAUGAUGAGGUAGUGUGAAUAUUAUUACUCCCUUAAAUACAGUGUGGAUCAGUGGAGGUACCCUGUCAGGGUAUUAUUCAAUCCACCCAGGUCUUGAUUGCCAGUUCAAAAAAAGAAGGCUCAUACUGCUUUAAGAUCCUACCUUUCAUUGGAUCUUUGUGUCUUCCCCACUCUGUGCCCCCCCAGGGGGGGAGUAUGCAUAGCUUACAGUGCAGUUAUUUAUGUGUCCAUUCAGAAAUAAGUCCCACUGAGUUUAAUGGUGGUUACUUCCAGGUAAGUGGGCAUAAGAUUGUAGCUUUAGUUUCUGAAAUGAAAGACUGGAGCGCUAGCCUGCCUAAAAGCUCCAUUCAUUACUCUCAUAAUUCCUGCAUCUUUUCUUACUUUAUUUUUGUUUAAAGUACUCUAAUUGCUAAGGGACGCGGGUGGCGCUGUGGGUAAAACGCUGGCUCCCGGCCUAUAGAGUGAGAUGAGCGCACAACCCUAGAGUCUGGCAAGACUGGCCCGAACGGGCAGGGGUACCUUUACCUUUACCUAAUUGCUAAGAGACUUGUGUUAAGGAAAAAAGAAGCAAGACUAUACAGCUAAAUAAAUACUGAAUUAAUUUAAGUAUCCAGUAAUUCUGGGUAUAGGCAUUCUUUGUAAUGAUGAGGGAGCAGGCAAAAAGGUGGAACACUAGUUCUUAGUUAUUAAAAAAAGCCUCUUAGUUUUUAAUUGUGCCAUUGACUUCAGCAGCUCCAGGAUUCUGGUUCUAACAACUGGAUUCUGAAGGUCUCCGCUCCACCAGUCAUCUAAAGGUGUCUUGCUUCCUCAAACAAUUCUGUCUUUUAUUCCUGGCUGCUGCUUAUGUGUGAAAUUGCAGGCUAGAACAUCUCUGUGAUACUACCACCCUUACGGUACUUUCUUCAAAGCUCUUUUCCAUGAAGCCUUUUGCAUAACUCACAAUCCUAUACUCUACUAUACUUAAGCCUAAGUACAUGUAAGUGUUAAAUGCAUUUUAUUCCCAUUUUUAUCCCUGCCACCUAUCUUCACAGAAAAUGCCCCCCCCGGGGGGGUCAGAAUGCAAGUAGCUCACAGCAGAAAUUUUAUCAUUUUUUUCUUUAUAAAAUGCCAUGUCCAUUGUUAAUACAUUUGCAAAAGUAAUAGAUAAUAAAUCUGGAGUAAAUUACCCAUCUGUAUCUAUGUACUUUGAACUAGUAAGUAUAGAACAGCUCCAUUUACUUCAGUGAAACUUUUCCAAAGUAAGUGAAUUAAGAACAUAGUUUGGCACAGUUAGUAAAAGCUUAUAACUAGAGGGUAAUUUAUUUUCAAGAUGUGCAUUAUACAUUUUGAAAAGUAUGCCAUUGACUCCCUUCCCUCCCACCUUUGGGACUAAGCUUUGUUGGUUAAAGUAGGAUUUAGACUGCAAACCAAAGCAUACAGUAUUUACCAUUUGAAACGUGCACACAAUUUUUGCCUUUUUGGUUGUUCUAAUAAAAAUACUGCCCAUUUUCCUUAAGGGCCAAAAAUUCUACCUUUUACGUCUCAUAUUUACCAGGAAAUCCCUUUGAACUCAGUGGGAUCUCUGAGUAAGCCUGAGACUGAAAUAUUAGAUAUAAGUAAAUAUGAAUAAAUAAAACUGUAUGAUAUAAUGGAUUAAUUCUGAGAGCCUUUACUGUGCACAGAUUUCAGUUAGUGAUUACUUUUGUCAUAAAACUUUCUUUUUUUUGAGUGUGGAAGCAAUACAAUUGUUUGCUUUUUGUAUCAGUGUAUGGGGGGUGUUCUUAGAAUAAUUGUAGACACUGUCAAAUCUUCAACUAGAAAUAUUCUUUUUACAAAAAUCGUCAUAGCAAAUAUCUUGCUUUGACCAAAGCCCAUCUUUGCUUUGUGUACCAGAUCAGCAUGUGGUACAAUUAAGAAAUUACUAUGCCAUACUGUAUGGGUUUCACGGCAAAAGGCUAACAAAUAACCUAAAGCUAUGUUUAAGAUCAAUAUGUAAAUUUGAAAUGACUUUAAAAAUUGUACACAAAGUAUUGGGCAUUCCAUAUGAUGGGUGGCAUUCCAUUCAGUGCUUUUAGAAAUAGUUUCACAUCAUGUACAAACUAAACGACAAAGUUUAAGGUAGCUUGUGCUUGGUUAUUUUAAUAUUUAUGCUUGCAACCUUCAGUUUAAAUGCAGUGGAAGGUUUGUAUUUGACCAGGAGUCUUGCUACAAGGAGCUACCUUGUAAAGUUAACCUGCUCUGACAAGCCCCAGAUGUUGUUCUUCUCUCCAGACCAAUGAUUUGAUAGAGCUCAAACAAUGAUCAUGGAACUAUGAUUUCCACAUUUUGAGCUAUAAUAGAUGGGUAUAUUUGUCCACCAAGAAGAAAUGAGAAAAUACAAAAACUUAAUUGCAGUUACUGUAUUGUUCAAAGGGUAUUAAAAUUUGCCCUUGAUCUCUAAUCUAAUAUUGAUAAAAGGAAAAAAUGGUAUAAUUUGAAUUUGAUAUUGUUUUAUACUUUGACAGCUAUUUCACAUUCUUUUCAAAAGCAGUCUAGAUAGCUCUUACUACAUAUUUUGUUCAAUAUUCUUGCAAUCAAUUAGCUGAAUGCUGGAUUCCUAAAUCUGUUAAAAAUGGUCAAUAAUUGUUCAAGCUUGUAGUGGGCUGAAAUAAAGAGAGCUUAAUAAAAGACUCCUUAUAUGCAGUCUUUUUGUUUAUUGAUUUCUUGAAAAAAAUUUAAUGGAAUGAUGGCUUAUCAGAAUUUCAGGAUAUAAAUGACAUUUAUUCAGGUCAUUCUCUGAAAUACUUAAUUAUCGUUGUAAGCUUUGCUUUUGGUUCCUAAACUCUGUUUUGUUCUGCAUUACUUUGAUGCUUUGAAUCCUUUUAGUUAAGCUUACAAUUACCUUCCUGCCAAAAGGGGUGAUAGAAGUGGUGAGGUUCUUUUGACCAAUUUCCCCCUUGGCCAUGGGAACCCAUAUCCCUAUGCCUGCAGGUGAGUGUUACUGAGAGAUUCUAUGGGCCAGUUGUGAAAGGGAGGGAAAGUCCUCUAAAACAGGAGUCAGUGACCACCAUAUCCCAAAAGAGCAACCAUGCCCUUAACAUCUGUGGAAGCAUCUUCAGUGCCAAUUAGUCAAAGUCUGUGCUGUUGACACAAACACACAAAAGAAAUCCAUGAAUUGAUGGGACGAUUGCCCCAGGACAUCUCCCUGCAUCACAAUGCAUACGAUGGCACCACACAUUCCCGCUUAUUCUUCCAUCUGCUUCUCUGACACAGGCAGUAACUGUCCCAGUGGUGCUACCAGUUAUACUUCAUGCAAAGGGCUGUAAGCCCCCUUAAGCUACAGACUGUGCACAGGCACUGUUGUGGAGUGCAGUACAAAAAAUAAGAGAUGAAAAGUUCAAACUGCAGCACCCUUAUGGUUCCCUGGACAGAAGGCCAGCAAAAUGCACACACAGCCCUCCAGAGACGAGGAUUCAAGACCCAUUGACUAGUUGGAGAAUUUUUUUAUGUUUGAUAACUAUAUUGAUUUCUGUAAUAGAAUUCUAAAAGCUGCAGGAUCAGCAAAGCUAUGCGGCUAAGCGCAUUCUAUCACUUUUAUUAUGGUUUUUAACUAAUGGAAAUGCCUCCCGUCUGCUAUAGGUUUCCUCCCCCCAAAAAUUUAUAAAAAGUAGAUGUAGUUAUGGUACAUAUCCAAAGAUGAAUACAUAGGUAAGUCCGAGUAUAAGAGAAAUCUUACCAACUAUUUUAUAGAAGCCUGUUCCCUAAUUUCCAGUAACUGAACAGAAUUUGUUUUUGAAUUACUCUGGUUCAGUUCCCCCAGAAAUAAUAAUAAUAUAACAGCAAACUAAAAAAAAAAAUACCUUAGUAACAAGUAAAAUUUUAUGUUAAUCUCUCUCCUGAAAAAUUUCUUCAAAAUAGAAGAACUUUACCAAGCUGAGAACUUAAUCACUCACUAGAAUUUUAAAUCUUCAGAGUAAAGUCCAUCAGUAUCUAAAAGUCAUUUUUAAAAAAAGAUAGACCCAUUGUAUAUAAAAAUGCAAUCUUCAGAUAUCAAGGGUUGAAGUCAUACUCUUGAGUACACUAAUUGAAAUCAAUGGGACUAACAAGAAGUCCACUGAUUAAAUGAAAUGUCAAACUGAGUCCUACUCUUGACAGCUGGAUUCAACUCAGUGUGUCUUUUAUUAACAGUUAAGAUAAUGUCCUUUGUGAUGUAAUCGCUUGACUACUAGUAUAUCAACUGAGCCCAUCAAGUGAUUGCAUAAAGUCUUCCCAAUGGCUGUUGGGUAGUGAUGCUUCCCAGGUGAUGGGGUCUGAGCUGUAUGUAGAAUGAAAGGUAAAGGAAUUUGUUUCAUCAUAUGCUUCCUGAGACAUUCAUUAUCCACAAACAAUAAUGUUUUAAUACUAUUGUUAAAAACAAAUCCAGUUAUUCAUCAAUAUAGGAAUGGAGUGCUAUAGCAGUGUCCUAUGCUAGUAAAAUUCUUCCUUUGAAGCAUAUGGAAUUACAGUGGUACCUCGGGUUAAGCACUUAAUUCGUUCUGGAGGUCCGUUCUUAACCUGAAACUGUUCUUAACCUGAAGCACCACUUUAGCUAAUGGGGCCUGCCGCCGCGGGGCGAUUUCUGUUCUCAUCCUGAAGCAAAGUUCUUAACCCGAGGUACUAUUUCUGGGUUAGCAGAGUCUUGUAACCUGAAGUGUCUGUAAACAGAGGUAGCACUGUAACCGCUGUAAGUGAUUAGAUAAUGAACAGGAUAGCCUGCUGUUUUCAAACAUAGGAUCUUAAGAGAUGGAAGAGAUGUUUGGCAUCAUCUAGUCCAGUGCAAUGCAGAAUCCGCAGAGCAGGAUGCAACUAUGCCAUUCCCAAUAGAUAGAUUCCAGUGAAUUGUCUGAAGCUACUGCCUUGCUGACCUGCAUGACAACCCUUCAGAUAUUUUGAAAAUGGUUGCCACGUGGCCUUUUAAUCUUCUCAAUCCUGCACAUCACUGUCUUUAAUACCAUUUAAUGUGUUCUAGGUUAUCAAGACACGAGAACAUCCCGUGAAAGGUACAUGGUCUGAACACCCCGAUGUGAGGGUAUGUAGUUAAAAGAGAUUUGUGGUUAUCUGUGGGGAUUUUGAGUAAUUGGCAGCUUUCUGUUAACAAUAUUUCCUAAUGUGCAAUUUUGAGCUUUUUGUGCAUGUGCAUACUUAAAUAAAAAUAGCACGUAUUUUCAGGAUCAGCUUCUCAAUUCCGCCCUAAUUGGAGGUGUUAAAUGAAAUGGAUAAUUGCAAACACUACUCAGACAUGGAGGGUGACAUCUACUUGACAUUUUGAAGGAAGUUAAAAUGUGGGAAAUAAAUUCUACCCUUGGAAGAAUUCUUGUGUACAUACAGCUGUUAAUGCACGUCAUAGCUUAGAAUCUGACCAUUUUGUGAAUUUUUAUUACUUGCAUAUUUUCCAUUAAUGUCUCCUAAUGUGAUUUUAAAACUGUAUUUAGCUAGUAGGGUGGGGAAGCUCUUCAAAAUUUGGUGUGUAUUGCUUGUUAUCCUUAUGAAAAAUCAACGUUUGACCAAUACUUUCUGAUAAUUGGUUAAAAGUUUGAUUCCUAAUAUCUCUUUAAUUACUGUUGAAUAGAAAAGCAAAUAUAUUUCCAUAUUCAUUAAGGACUGUCAGUCUUAUGCACGCUUUAUAGUAAAUCUUGCUGUCCUCACAGGGACUUCAGAUGCAUAGGAUCAGACUGUACAGUACAGACUAUCCAAUGUUCAUUCUCAUACAGCACCACUGUUCUUUAUAUAGCUGGAAGGGACCAGACUUGUUUGAACCUGUUUAGUCCUCAGAAGCCUAGCUUGCUUAUUCUGAACUUUGUUAUCAUUGCUUCCCUAUUUGCUUGCAGGUAGUUUUGUGAUGGAUGCAGAUGAACACCCUCCCUUGCAUUGUGAAGACUCUCGUAUGAAAUACGACCACAGCAAGAAACUGUCAGGUAUACAUUGUCACACAUCUUAAUGUCCUCUGCAAUAUUAUCACUUAAUUCCCCCGUCCGUUCCCUGUUCCUGUCUUCAUAUUGUUGCACAUUUGCAUCCUAGUUUGUGCAAUGAUUGCUAGGUUCUCUUAAGAUGAUAAAUGGAUGUUAACUUUAUCAGAGCCAAGAAGUGAUCUGGUGAAUGCUAUUGCAGAGGAACUUGUAGCAGAAAGAAGUUGGACGUUUCAUGUACUUGGUUGGUUCAUAUGUACAGGUUUAUUCUUGUUUUGAAUUCCAGCCAAACUUGUUUUUCUUAAAUAAUUGAUCUCAUUCAAGCUAGACGAAAGCUGUGUGGAGGUUAAAGAGAGAGAGUUUUGUUAGGUUUUUAUGGCUCGGAUCCAAGAAACUGCUUGGGAUCAUGCAAGGGGCUUACACUCACCUGCCUGGUUUUUUGAUGGUGAACAACUGAUCCCUAUAACACAAACCUCUUUCUGAAAUGCCCCUCAGUUUUGAAAGCAAUUUGCUUUAAAGCAAGAGAAUAGAGGGAUGUUGGUAGAGAAAUGCAAGUCUAAAACCCCUUUGGGCUCACGUAACAGAUGUAGGUUUAUGGUUCUUUGGAUCCUGGCCCCUAGCUUUAACUCACAAUUUUGUGGGGCGUGAGGAGUAAUUGUGGACAUGGCUUGCAGCAGCCCAACAGAGGAUAAAAAGUGAACUUCAUAACAGCAUGAGAGACUGCCCAGUAGCUCUAGUGCCAGGCAACUGAGUAAGCUGUCCUUUAAGGGGGAGCAGAUGCGAAAAGUGUGUACAUUGUCCUGCAGCUGAAGAUGUAAUGUGUGUGGUAUCUUUUGAAGCGGGUCGGCAUUAGCCUGGCUUAUCAAAAAUAGAUUUGUUGUGGAAAAGAGCAGUGCAUUACAGCAUGCUAAGCGUCAGAACAGGAACACUGCAUUUAUAAACAACUUUCAGUAGCUUUCAGCUGGUUAAGUAUAAUUCAGUGACACUCACAUGGUUCACAGAUGAAAGCAUAUUUUACCAAAAUUAUAGGUAAAGGUAAAAAGGUAUGGUAAAGGACCCCUGAAUGGUUAAGUCCAGCCAAAGGCGACUAUCGGGUGCGGCACUCAUCUCACUUUUCAGGCUGAGGGAGCAGGCAUUUGUUCGCAGACAGCUUUCUGGGUCAUGUGGCCAGCAUGACUAAACUGCUUCUGGCACAACAGAACACUGUGACAACUGCCAGAGUUCAUGGAAACACCUUUUGUCUUCCCACUGCAGCGGUACCUGUACAGUGGUACCUCAGCUUAAGUACUUAAUUCAUUCCGGAGGUCCAUACUUAACCUGAAACUGUUCUUAACAUGAAGACCACUUUCGCUAAUGGGGGCCUCCUGCUGCCGCUGCAUGAUUUCUGUUCUCAUCCUGAAGCAAAGUUCUUAAUCUGAAGCACUAUUUCUGGGUUAGCGGAGUCUGUAACCUGAAGCGUAUGUAACCCGAGGUACCACUGUAUAUCUACUUGCACUGGUGUGCUUUCAAACUGCUAGGUUGGCAGGAGUUGGGACAGAGCAAUGGGAGCUCACCCCGUUGUAUGGAUUCAAACUGCUGACCUUCUCAUCGGGAAGCCCAAGAGGCUCAGUGGUUUAGACCACAGCACCACCCGUGUCGUUAAUAAUAACAAUAAUUAUACAUAUAUAGAGAGAGAGAGAGAGAGAGUAUAUGUAUAUUUGUAUUUCAGAUUUUUUUUCAUUUAACUCUAUUGGUAUGACACGAACAGCCCUUUGUAAAAUAACAGUAUGAAAGUAAGAUAACAGGGUUACAGCAUUUUUCUAAACUUUAGAAAGAGUAAUGUCAAAUCCAGGGGUGGCUAAUCUGUGGCCCUCCAAGAGUAGCGAAUUAAUUAAAAUGAUCAAGAGGCUGGAGCAACUGCCCUAUGAGGAAAGAUGACCGCAUUUGGGGCUUCUUACUUGAGCGAAAAGUCAAGUAAGAGGUGACAUGAUAGAAAUAUAUAACAUUAUAUUUUUUUCCCUCGUAACACUUGAACUCAUGGACAUCCAGUGAAUCGGUUCAGAAGGAGGUUCAGAACGAGGAAGGUUCAGAACGAGGAAAGCAAGUGCAGCGUAUAGUUAAAAAGUAUGGAAGUUGGUCCCACAAGAGGCAUUGAUGGCCACCAACUUGGAUGGCUUUUAAGGAGGAUUUCCAAGGAGGCUUUUAUGGAUGGCUUUUAAGACAAAUUUAUGGAGUAUAAGGCUGUUGAUGGCCCCACUCUGCCUUCCUGUUCGGAGCCAGUAUGCUUCUGAAUACCAGUUGCUGGAAACAGCAGGAGGCGAGAGUGCUGUUGUGCUCAGGGUCCUGUUUGCAGGCUUCCCACGGCACUUGGUUGGCUACUGUGAGUACAGGAUGCUGGACUUUAUGGGCUACUGGCCUGGUCAAGCAAGGCUGUUCUAAUGUUGUUGGACAACAUCAGUCUCAGCCAGCAUGGCCAAUGGACAGGGAUGAUGGAUUUCGUAGUCCAACAGCAUAGGAAGGGUCACACGUUAGCCUGCUCUAAUUGUGUUACAGAGAACAGUCAUGUAAUACAGAACAGUUGUCUAACAGAAUUAGGGUAUCUUGUUUGUGUUGCCUUGGUUUUUGCAGAAAAUGCAAUAUAACAUCCUUGCCAUGCCAUCUAGUGAUAAAGAGUAUGAAAAGCAGUGACUUUUGAAUUAGCUUUUGAAUUCAACAGCUCUAGAUAAUAGUGCAAAUCUGCUGCCUGCUUUGUUUCUAAGCCCACCUUUUGUCUUUAGAAAAUAAUUUUAGUGAUUGGCAUAGCCUGGUCCUUGACAUCCUUUGAUGGUUAGUUUGUUGUGUGCUGGUAACAUAGACGAUAGAGAUGUUGUUUAGUGUAAUCUGAUCUACCAACCUGAUAGCUCAUAGAAGUGCUUUGAAAACAGUUGUUGCCAUUGCACCCUGCUAUUUUGGACCGAAGUGGCAUUGGAGUUCCCCACUCCCACCUGCUGAAUUGGGAAGCAGGUAUUGGCAGCAGUAAACCCAACACGGGGAAGGUCCAAGCUGGCCCCAUUGUUAUCAUUUUAUGGCAUCAGGCAACUACAGACUGGAACAGUGAUGUGCAUGCCCUGAACCUUCCAGCCAGCCAGUGUGCUGCUGCUGCUGCCCAGUCCGGGUUCCUACCUGUUGGCACUUAGCCCUGUUGAACUCUGGUCUUGCUUGUGUGUAAAUCUGUUUAGGAUUGCACUGUGCAUUAAUAUUAUUACUGUUUGUUCCGCAUACCAGAGGAAGGUUUCGUGUUCCUGCCUUUCCCGUCAUCACGGGAGGUAUAUAGCAUGUGCCUUGAGCCAUGCUGAUAGAAUAGAACUGGCCACUUAUAUUCAGAUGUCAGCCACUGACAUUCUUGUUCUGUGAUGAAUAUUCCAAUGGAAUGUGCAUGUAGUGGAAGUGUUGUAACAGUUUUAUUUAUCUUUAAGAGAAAGUAACGUAUCCAUAUAAUCCAUGGGAGACUUUUUAUUUAUUUAUUUAUUUACUUACUUACUUACUUUAAUUUAUUAUUAAAGAUUUUCCUCGUUUACAAUUCACAUGCAUUGCCUCUUUCUUCAGGUUGCAUUUUCUACAGAUCAGUUACAUUUGUUGUGAAACAUUGGUGUUAUAUGCAGUAUUGGGUUGUUUAGGACUAAGAUAGUUUAUACUAAUAUUUAAUUUCACUAUUGAAGUGUUCACUUUGCAAUAAUGAUAUGUAACAUAUUAAUGAGAAAGUUUUUUGUUUUUUUAAUUUCUCAACAGGAGCAAGUACAGAUAUUGAACAGCUUUAUCAAGCAGUGCCACAGCUUGCAAAUGUGUUCAGAAUUAAGGGGAAAAUUGGUGAAGGUAAUAAUCAUGAUAAUUCUUGCUUUUUAUCCUAGAAAAUGUUGCUUAACCUGUCCUUGUGGGUGGUAUUCAACUACGUUUUAUUCAGGCUUGAAAUUAAGGGACCCAACUUGGUCAUGUUCAUCAAUUUCAGUAGAUGUACUCCAAAUAAAACGUAGUUGAAUGCCACCCAGUCUGUCCACUUUAGGCUGCAGCUGGGAGCCUUUGUGACUGAAUCCUUAUUCAUACAGAAAAUUUCCCUGUAUGCAGGGAAUAGUUUGUGUGUGCAGGAGCAUUAAGGGAAUCUUUGUGGAGUAUUCAGCCACAUGUGAGCCCGUGUGAGCCCCCACUUGCAGUUGGAGGUGCUAUGGUCCAGAAACAGGCUUAGCCAUUCAUCUGUCAUUUUUGAGGGCCAGACCACAUGGUUUUCCUAAUGUUUGUUCCAUGAGAAGAAUGUCUGGAAAAAUGCAUAUGGUUACAAAGUAUCCAGCUUCAUGCCUGCUAUCAUUUUUCACAUUAUCCAGCAGCAGCAACAGGAUGUAUGAAAGGUUGCUUGUUUGGAACCUUCCCCAGUAUUCUGUUUAGAUGUCCUCCCUUAUCGUCUGCUGCUUCUGCUAAAAAAGAUCCCUUUGGGUUCCCAGAUGUUGUUGGACUACAACUCACAUCAUCCCUGAGCUCUGGCCUUGCUAGCUAGGGGUGAUGGGAGUUGUAGUUCAACAACAUCUGGAGACCCACAGGUUGAGAAAGGUGUGCUUUAGAUGAGCAUGGGGAAGAGGAAGUGCCAACAACUCUGGAGGGAUGUGGGAGCAUCUUGGUUCCUCUGUUUGAUAAGUACCGUAUUUUUCGCUCUAUAACACGCACCAGACCAUAACACGCACGUAGUUUUUAGAGGAGGAAAACAAGGAAAAAAUAUUCUACACGAAACAGUGGAUGUAUGAUUUUUGUGGUUCAUGCUGUGGCCACAGACAUGUGAUCUGACAGUGAGUUUGGAGUAGCCCGAUGCAAAAAUCCUGAGGAUCCAUGUGGAUCCAUGCUUUGUAACCACGUUUUUGCACCACUGCGGCCCCAGGCAACAGUGGGUGCGUGAUUUUUUUGGUGCAAGAUGUAGCCAUGGACAUGCUAUGUGAUCUGAUGGUGAAUUUGGGGUGACCCAGUGCAAAAAUCCUGAGGAUCCAUGUGGAUCUGUGCUUUGUAACCAUGUUUUAAGUGGGGAGGGAAGGAAAAGCACUCGAGGGACAAGGAGCACGCAUGGGGUGUGUGGAGAAGGAUGCUGCUAAUAAUGCAGGAGAGGGGUUUAAGGGGAGAAGAAGCACACGGGUGGGUGGAGAAGGAUGCUGCUAAUAAUGCAAAAGAGGGGUUUAAGGGGAGAAGAAGCACGCGUGGGGUGGGUGGAGAAGGAUGCUGCUAAUAAUGAAGAAGAGGGGUAUAAGGGGAGAAGGCUCACCUCCUCUCCCACUUUGCUCCUUUAAAGCAAGCAGGCUCUGCUUUUCUCCCUCCUCCCCGCUCAUCCCCGGCUUAGCGAGCUGAAAAACUUUGCUGCUAUUUAGCGAGCUGAGUGGGGAGGAGAGAGGGACAGAGAGCCUGCUUGCUUUAAAGGAGCCAACCAGACAGGAGCCGCUUACACUCGUGUAAGCGGCUCCUCUCCUCUCCCGCUUUGCUCCUUUAAAGCAAGCAGGCUCUCUUCCCUCUCUCCUCCCCACUCAGCGGCUCUUCUCCCGCUUUGCUGUUUCAAAGCGAGCCACGGAGGAGGGAAGGAAGGGGAACCAUGGAUCCUCUGCUCACGACUGCAGCAGAUCCCCCCGCCACCCGUAGGCAUUCCCUCCAUAACACGCACAGACAUUUCCCCUUACUUUCUAGGAGGAAAAAAGUGAGUGUUAUGGUGCAAAAAAUACGGUAUGUCUUCUAGCUCUCAAUUACUUAGUCAACAGGUGCUAGAUAUAGGAGAGGGACAGUUGUCCGGCAACCUAACUGCUUUGUGCUACCAAUUCAAUCCACAACUGAUUUUUUUUAAAAAAAAAUAAUGUCAACAUACAUCUUUUGCUGGAGUGGUACCUUUAGCCCUGUCCAGGCAUUCAAAGAAUGUUUGAAGGUGUAAAGUGUGUAGAAAAUUGUGUGUGUGCUGUCCCUAUCCACAAUAGUCCUGGUGUUCUCCACUCCUGACCUUCCUGGUGCUUAGAAACCUCCCCACAAUUGGGAACUUUGUGUUAUCAGAAUCUCCAGUCAUGCACAGGUUUCUAAGCCUAGUUUCCUGUAAGCUAUAAUAAAUGCUUUGGACUACACAAAUGUGUCAAAUGGACUGAGCAUAUACUAUACUUUAUUUAUCUAUUUUAUAAGAAAAGACCUUUUUUUACCUCUCCACAAGAUACUCCCUUUGAAGAUUCUUGUAAAGCUUUUGCCCCGCUUGAGAAUCUCUUGUCACAUUUAACCCAAUAGAUAAAUUAUUCAGUCUUUUCAGAUGGUAUUCCUUUUUAAUGAUCACUCUGAAUUUCUGAAAUACCUUUAUUCAAAAUGCAACUGUUCACUUAAAACAGUACUCUAUAUUAUUUUCUCCUUGUUCCCCUAACAGCUCAACAUUCACAAAGCCUUGUCUCUAAAUACCGCUGCUCUCAUGAUUAUGUACCCCAAUUGUAGUUUUAUGAAACUGUGGACUGUCAGCAUGGAAGCAGAUCUGCUUUACAAGAAAUUUGCUUUUUCUUGUAGCUCAUGAAAGUUCAGUGUAUACUAAAGAAAUUUUGCCUUUUUGCAGGUACGUUUAGUUCUGUUUACCUGGCCAUAGCCCAGCUACGAGGAGGCCAUGAAGAAAAAGUGGCUUUGAAGCAUUUGAUUCCUACCAGUCAUCCUGUACGAAUUGCUGCUGAACUUCAGUGUCUUAUAAUAGCAGGGUAGGUUCAGAAAUGUACCAAGUUCUUAAAUUUACAGGAGAAUCGGUUUUUGAAGCCCAAUCACAUGGCCUUAUAUGAUCUGAGGAAGCCUACCUGUAGAGGAACAUUCCUGAAAUUUUAAUAAUGUGGUGGGCCCAUGCUCACAACACAUCAAAUGUGGCUCAUGAAGUGAUCAGUUUUCCAGAGAAAUAUGUUACGAUGUAGGGCUGUUGCGUUUUUUUAGUGUGCCAUUUAAGGGGAGGGAAACAGCUAAUGCAAACUAUCGUAAAUCCUACUCCUUCAAAAAUCAAGGUUCUGUAAUUUUGAAAAUGCUUGUAUUGCAUGACUCGCUUAGUUUACACAGUUCAUGCUGAAAUUCACUUUAAUUUGCAUCACCAUUUUUAUUUCUGCUUGCCAUGACGAGGAGAUAUAUUGGGCACUGUAUGCCAACGCUACUCCUAACACAGGAAAAAAAGUAUCAGCCGGCAUUGCCCACAUAACUGUCCAAGCCCAUCUUCAGAGCUACAAUUACAUUAUUUUAAAUUUAUGCCCUACCUCAAGGGGAGUGAACGCUGACAUCCAUCUAAUAUGGCAUUCUGCACUCGUUCUGUGUCAUAGCAUACAUAUAGCCCUAUGUACUGAUUAGUAACUAAGCGUUAGAUAUAACUGUUUCUAAAUGAAAGGUUUUAAGAAUUGGAGUAUAGUGAGAGAAUAAUGCUAGCAAAUGUUGAAUAUAUGGGCUUAAUGAGAGGAUUUGUGUGUUUUUUUCCUUUUAGGGGACAAGAUAAUGUCAUGGGAGUUAGGUACUGUUUUAGAAAAAACGAUCAUGUGGUUAUUGUUAUGCCAUACCUGGAACACGAAUCCUUUUUGGUGAGUUACAAAUCCCUUCUGUUAUAGGAACUAAACACGGUUAAUUGCAAGUUGCUGCACAAUUAUUUAUUCUGGCAUUCUUACAGGACAUCUUGAACUCUCUCUCCUUUGAAGAAGUAAGAGAUUAUAUGUUUAAUCUCUUCAAAGCUUUGAAGCGUAUUCAUUACUUUGGCAUUGUUCACCGUGAUGUCAAACCCAGUAACUUCUUGUACAACCGGCAAAUGAAACGGUACGUCUGCCCAAGUUUGACACUGUUAUGAUCUUCUGUAGGAAUACAUUUCUUAAGCGUAACAAACUGCCAUUUCCCAGUGUCCAGCAGUAUGCCAUGUAAAGGCUGUACGAGAUGUUCAGUGACAAGCACAGGGCUGUGAUCUGCUGCUAAGCAGCAGGCAAAAGUAUAGCAUAUUUUACAAUGGGAGAGACGAUGCGUUGCUGCCUGUCAGGCCAGGUUCCAGACCAGUAUUUGCCACAUCUAGUGGUUUUCGGGAAAAGUAGUGAAAGAGUUAAAUACAUCCUGCUGUUUCUCUGCUGAACACCCCCCUCCCCACUAACCCAAAGUUUUAUAAGUAUUUGUCAAAGGAGGCUCUCACAAUGGGUCUGAAAUAUAUAUUUGUCACAUCUUCUGUAGGAUAUAAGACCAUGCAGGGAUGCUUCCCACCCUAGUCAGUGAGAGAGAGGCUACCAUAGCCUCUGUUGAGGGUUUGCUGCUUCCUUCUUUUCUUUAGUACAGUGGUGCCUCGCAAGACGAAAAGAAUCCGUUCCGCGAGUCUCUUCGUCUUGCGGUUUUUUCGUCUUGCGAAGCAAGCCGUUUAGCGGAUUAGCGCUAUUAGCGGCUUAGCGGGCUUAACGGAUCAGCUGUUAAGCGGAUUAGCGGAUCAGCUGAUAAGCGGCUUAGCAAUCAGCUGUUAAGCGGCUUAGCGGAUCAGCUGAUAAGCGGCUUAGCGGCUUGGGAAAAGGGGGGGGAGGAAAAAACCCCCGCAGGAACUCGCAAGACAUUUUCGUCUUGCAAAGCAAGCCCAUAGGAAAUUCGUUUUGCGAAGCACCUCCAAAACGGAAAACCCUUUCAUCUAGCGGGUUUUCCGUCUUGCGAGGCAUUCGUCUUGCGGGGCACCACUGUAGUUUUCUCUAGUCUAGAUAAUGCACCUUGUCAAAACGGAGAGGGCUCCCUUGUUCAAAUCAAGGAGCCAAAUUAUGUGCCCUUUAAAAAGCGUGUUAAAAUCCUCGGAACACAGGAAUGCAGGCCACACCCCUUUUACAUGCUGCUAUAGCACAACCAAACUUCCUUCAGGAUAGCAGCUAAAGCUCAUGAGGUUCUAACACAACACUCUUGCAGCUGAGGUAUGUAUUAAAUCGUUUACAAAAUGUGUGUUCUCAAAUUGUCUUUUAGGUAUGCCCUGGUCGACUUUGGUUUGGCGCAAGGAACUCCUGACACAAAAAUAGAACUUCUCAAAGUUAUCCAGUCGGAAGCCCAGCAGGAAAGUUGUGCAUGGAAUAAGCCUCAGAUAACUUUGGGAUCCCAGGUUUCAGUUACUGCUAGAGCACCUAGGCAGCUAGUUCGUCAGCCAGCUGCAAGAACGGCUAAUAAAAGGCCUUGUUCCCUUUCCCAAACACAGAUUAAACAAGGACAGAAAAGAAAGGUUCUGUGCUUCUUCCUUAAUUUUGUUGCGUGAAUUCGUUUAAUGAGCCGCUUCAUCCACAAGGGGGAGAUGUAGCACCAAAAUGAAACUUCAGUCUCCUUUUUCGAAAUCUUUGUGAUUAUGUAAAGAAUUUUUUUUUAAAAAAAAAAACAACAACCCAUAGAACUUACAAAAUAGGAAUUUGUUUCUGUGCGACAGUGGUUUUUGCACAACUUUUGUGUGAGGGCCUUGCCCAAGAGAUUGUAUUUCAGACAAGCUAUUGCAGGAAUGACUAAAAUCCUGGGGCUGGUUCUUGCUGUCACAAACACCUUUCCGCAGUCAGGUGCACAACAUUUGACUGUGUGUAUGCUAUGAACAGGUGACACACACUCACUCUCUCUCUCUAACUGCAUGUGCACAUUGGAGAGCUGUAAUCACUUGUAGCUUCUUGCCAUUUAAAAAUGGUGGGAAGGCUGUAUAUAGGCAUGUAUUAGACAUGACAAGCUGCAUUAGAUAUGACAAGAGUACACCUGUGCUGAGAUGCCAACCCCAGGUCCCAUCUUAAGUCAGUAAACUAACUCUGAAUAUGCUGGCAUUUUGAUAUGUUUAACUAUCUUGCUGCUUGUUCAGUCAGUGUAAAUUAGAGCAGCAGGUUACAUUUUAUUAGAAUUUCCUUGUAGCCUUGUAUGUAUUAUUUCAGAUCAGUUAUCCUAAAUGGUUUUCAAAAUCAGGGUCUAAGGUUAGAAAUAAUCUUACUAAGAUUAUUUUUAAGAGAGCGUUGUGGGUAGAUCUGCUUUUUAAUGCUCUUAAUUGCCAUGAUUUGCUGUAGUAGAGUCCUAAGCAAGUUUACUCAUAAGUAAGUCCUCUUGAGUUUAAAGUGGUUUACUCCCAAGCAAGUAUGUGUAGGAUAAUAAAAAAUUCCUAAUGCUGAAAUCCUAGCCCCACCUAACCUGGGAGUGCCAUUGAAUUCAUUAGGACUCACUUCUGAGUAGACGUGUUUAGGAUUCCACUGUAAGCCCCUAAUGUGCAAGCUGAUAUUUAUGAAUGACACUGAAUGUUUUGAUUUAGGUAACUUUCUUCCGUCCCUGAACUGACGACAGUGGUCGGGGAAUCAACCCUUAUCUGUUAGUUCCGUAGAUUGAGCAGGUGGGGUGGGGGGAGUCGAAAUGUAUCCAUGUAUAAAACCACAAAUGCAGUGUUAGGAAAUCAGAAAGUCGGGGCCGUUGUGUGUUUAGUGUUGCUAAGCCCUUUUAACUGACUGAGCAUCUCCAUAUAAGGAGAAUUUACAUGCCAGUUAGAAAGUUGAUUCAUUCCCCAAAUGAAUUUUCUUCUCCCCUGCAGAGGGCUAAUUCUGUCACCAUGUUAGAUUAAAUUUUUAGAUUUAUAGCUUAGCUCCAUUAUCUCAACAAUAAUAUUUCUCGGCAUAAAAUUCGGCCUCCUUUCUCCAAAUGGUCAGGACAUUCUGAAGUCAUUUAUCAGAAUUUUGAAAGCGUAUCCUUACCCAUAGCAUUACCCAGCUGAAUCUUGCUGGAGGACUAGCGUGAAUCUGGAUGAGUAAGCAUUCACCCUAGACUGUGUUCUCUUUGCAGUAAAUUAGUCCCGUGAGACAGCUUAUAUGCAGCUUUUUGUUUUUGCGCUAUCUCGCUUUUUAAAAGCCAUGCCACAAUUGGCUGUGUGUUAAAGAUGGAAUCCUUAUCGUCUUCUUUUUGACACUGCAGGAGGGGCCUGAGAGCCUUCAUGUUCAACGCUCUGUCUUUGGGGAGAGGAAUUUCAAUGUCCGCAGUUCUGCAUCUCAAGACAAUUCCACAGUUAAAGUAAGCAUUGCUGGUUAACCACAGAUAAAUCAACUGCAUAUUCAGCAGCACGUUCAGUGUUUAUCAUUUUUUAAGACUACAUAGGUCAAGUUUGCUAGGCAGAUGUGGAAUGUGAACUGCGCUUGUUGGCACAAUGCCUAUUUUGUAUUACUGUGGUGGUGGUUUUUACCCGAACCGCUUGAAAGCCGGUGGGUGUGCUUGCAGCAUGUGUGUCUUCUCAUCUGAACCUUUUCUUCUUUGUAGCUUUGUUGUUGUUGUUCAAGCAAUGUACUCGUCUAGCUAAGAACGAUCGGGCAUGUGAAAUGGUAUUUUGUGAGUGCCCUUUAACACAGAGGCGAAAGGUCUAAUAAUAAUUCUGUUCGGCUUUACUAGACAUGACGCAGAUACAAAGUAGCGCAGAUUCACUGAACUGAAUUGGACAACUUUGUCAGGAAUGUUUUUACUCUGCAGUAGAACAGUCUUGCAAUUGAGUAUACAAAAGUUACUAGCCCACAUACAGUUUGAUUAUCAUGCGUGUUGUCCACAUGGCUCAACAGGGCCUUCUCGGUAGUGGCGCCUGCCAUGUGGAACACCCUUCCAUCAGAUGUCAAAGAAAUAAACCAACUAUCUGACUUUUAGAAGACAUCUGAAGGCAGCCUGGUUUAGGGAAGUUUUUAGUGUUUGAUGUUUUAUCAUGUUUUUAAUAUUCUGUUGGGAGCCGCCCAGAGUGGCUGGGAAAACCCAGCCAGAGGGAUGGGGUAUAAAUAAUAAAAUUAUUAUUAUUAUUAUUAUUAUUAUUAUUAUUAAAUUAAUCAACAUUAGCCAUUAGACACACUUUGAUGGCCUGAAAAGUGAGGAGAGAGAGGUAUUUUGUAGACAACUGGAGAUAAUACAGAAGCACCAAUAUUCCUGUUGAAUAAUAUUCAAUAACUGCUAACCUAAUGAAUAAGAAUUGCCUCUAAGCAAAGAGGUAUGACAGUUCUUGUAAAUUGUGAGAGAAUUAGUUCCCCCUUUCGUCUUUGUCUAUUGGUGCAUGAUGCCCCAGCACAGAAAAAGCUGGUCACACUUAAGUCCCUUUGAAAGCAACAAGAAAACUUUGCCACAGAUAUAGUGCUGAAAUAGAUUUGACAGCAGAUGGCCACAAAAUGGCAGCUUUGUGUUGAAUUCUCCCUACUUUUCCCUAUAACAUGUAAAUUCCUAAGUCAUGUGUUUACUGACCCCACUGGCACGGGGUAAUAUAGAACAUUGCGGAGGGACAGUGGUUCUUGAGAUUGGAUUUCUGGUUUUGGCAGCAGCCUCUGUUGAGCAUCACCUGGUUCCUGUAUAAAGCCCUUUAGUGUAAAAUUGACUAACCUUUUGUUCAGAUUCUGGCCUGGAGUUUACAUCUCUAUAAUUUUAUAAUAUUAACGUAUUCUAGAUAUUAACACAAUAGACCUUUUCCUUGAAACCCACUAAAUUAGAAUUCUUAUAAUACCUUGUUAGGUUUAAUAGCCAUUGGGAUUUAUCGCUCGCUAGUCUGAAUUUGGCAACCUGCCUUUAAAAAUGCUACCUAAUAGAAACUUUAUGUCUUUGAGGGCAGCUAGAGUCAAAAUUGUGUUUAAAUGUGUCUUGGAUUAAAAAAUAUAAUUUAUAUUGCAGCUCAUAAAGCAGCCUAGGGUGACAGAUAUUGCAGCUAGAAAAUUAUUGGCGAAGAAGAAGACAACUUCAGCUGUGACUAAUGGCUUAGUGAAGAAAGCUGCCAGCAGUUAUCCAACUAACGUGACCUGUGACUGUUAUGCAAAAGAUAGAGUCUGCAGUGUUUGUCUUUCAAGGUAAUUAGCUUUGAUGCAAUCGCAUUGCUGGCAAGAAAUGAUUAAAGAAAAAACAUUUGUCCAAUUAAUCCAUGUUUAGUAAAGCACAAGAUAAUAUUAGAUUUUUGCAAUGCAACAGCAGAUAAAUAUUCCAAAAGCUCAUUUUGGGCAGCCUAUUUCAUGCAGGUGUUCAUUUUCACAACUAGAUUUUCAGCACCCACAAAUUCUGACUUAGUGCAUUUGUUUAAAUGUUUUCUGCAGAAGGUUUUCUUUAUAAUACUGUCAACACUCUCUGUGCAAGGCUGCAGAAAACCACUUGAUCCCUCUUAAGUUUCAACUCUCUUCUGUGACACAAUCUCCACGGUGUCUCACACCAGAAAGUUGGUCCAGUGUUAUAGAACAUUCACUGGAGUUGGAAGCACAAUGCAGUGUCACAGGUUCAGAGGGCCGGUUGUUAUGCCUUGGCUUGUAAAUGGGUCUAGGUCAGUGGUUCCCAGUUGGUGGCCUGUGGACUCCAGGGGGUCUUCAUAUCCCACUCAAGGGGUCCAUGGCACCGUUCACGUAACAAAAACUACCACAGUUAUAUCAAAAUUUUCAAAAGUAGGGGGUUCAUGACUUGGCUGUUUGAAAAACAGGGGUCCUCUGUACUCCGCUAAUUGGAGACCAGUGGUCUAGGUCAUAUAACUAUGUCAAAUAUCUCUGCUGGCAGCAUGCAACAGUUGAAGAUGUGCUUCUGAUGUUUUGUGCCCUGCUAGCCAUCUGAGAUUGAAUGGGAUCUGCAUGCAUAAGCAGACUUCUUGUGAUCACGGUGUGGUAAAGGUAAAGGGACCCCUGACCAUUAGGUCUAGUCGUGGCCGACUCUGGGGUUGCGGCGCUCAUCUCGCUUUAUUGGCCAAGGGAGCUGGCGUACAGCUUCUGGGUCAUGUGGCCAGCAGGACUAAGCAUGACUACAGUGUGGUAGCUAGCUGCAAAUCCCCUGCACACAUGUAGUUCUCAGUCUCUGGUAUCUGGAGGAAUAUGAUUCCACUUCUAAAUUUGAAAGGUGUUGCAGCCAUCUCAUCAGGAGGAAUUAAUAAGAGUGGCAUUCUAUUACUUUACAAAAUGCUUACUCAUGUUACCACAUAAAGUCAUAGCAGUUGGUUUAUUUACUGUCGGACCCCUAAAAGCUCAAACUGCUGUUAUUUGCUAAAUGUGCUUUUCAUGUUUUAAUCCCCAAGGCGCCAGCAGGUUGCUCCAAGGGCUGGUACACCAGGAUUCAGAGCACCAGAAGUGUUAACCAAGUUUCCGAAUCAAACUACAGGUAUAUUUAUAUAUUUAUAUGUAUAUUUCCAUGCACUAGAUACCACUGUAGGUCUUCCAGACUUCAUAUAGUUGGACUGUUAUCUAAAGAAAAGCUAUUAUAAAACACAUUUCUUUAUUCCAAGCUUCUUACCUGAAAUAAAAACAAGUUAGGUGUAUACCUAACAUAGAUAGCUAUUGUACUACCAACUUUACUGUAUGCUUGUGAAACAUGGACCAAUUAUAAACGCCAUCUCCAACUCCUUAGAGAUUCCGUCAACGGUGUCUCUGAAAAAUUAUACAAAUCACUUGGGAAGACAGGUGAAUUAAUGUCCGUGUACUGGAAGAAGCAAAGAUCACCAGUGUCGAAUCAAUGAUUCUUCAACACCAGAUGUCUGAUUAUUGUCUCCCAAAGCAACUACUCUAUUCCCAACUUACGAAUGGGAAGCAAAAUACCGGUGGACAACAAAGGAGGUUUAAAGAUGCUCUCAAGGCAAACCCCUCCAAAAUAUAAUUUAAACACCGACAACCGGGAAACACUAGCCUGCAAGUGCUCCAGUUGGAGAACAGCUUUUACUAAAGGUGUCAUGGACUUCGAAGAAGCACGGACUCAGGACGAAAGGGAGAAAUGAGCUAAAAGGAGGAAUCUUCGCCGUUAUCAGCUCUCACCCGGAAAUUUAUGUCCUCACUGUGGAAGGAAGUGUGGAUCCAGAAUUGGCCUCCACGGUCACUUACACACUGUUAAGACUAUAUUCAUGGAAGACAAGUGAUUGCCAAAGAAGAAGAGCAUAGAUAUUUACUAUGAUAUUGGGAGUUAGCAUUUCUCUUUUAAAUGGUGGAAGGUGGGCAGAAAAUUCCAGCACUGAGGGUUUUGCGUCAGCUGAAGAAUUUUUUAAUCCCUCCCCCCUGCUUAUUCUUCAGGGAUUGUGAGAGAUCAUAUCCAUCUUUGUAUUCUUUUAGAGCAAGCAUAACUAACAUAAUACGCUUGCAGCAGAUUUUUAAAAAGAUUACAUGAAAAAGCUGACAUUAGAUAUUUAAUCUUUUUAAGCAGAUGGAAAUCUGCUCAUGACGACUGGGAGGCAUGGUCAAGUGACUUGCUAGGGGAAGAAACAUCCUGCCCUUCCAGAUUAGUCCUGUUUAAUAGGCAAGAGCCAAGGUCUGUGAAGUCUAGGAGUUUGUUUUUGUUUUGCUUUUAAUGGUUUUUCUCUGCACCCUUACUACUUCAACUACAGUCUGAUGGGCCCCAAGAAAGAGGGAUUUAGGAAGGUUUGGGGGUAGGCAUGGGAAGCCAGAACAGAACCUUCCCUUGCUUGGGAAGCCAGGACUUUCCCUCACCAGUUCAGUCCUGCCAGCAGCAAUUCAGCAAAUCCCAGUCUAGCAGUGGUGUAGAUUUUGACAGAUUCCAUUAAAAAUAGCUCAAAAACUCAUUUUUAAAAAAUAGAUUUCACACAAAAAAAAUCGCAACAACUUUGCCAAGAAAAGCUCAACAACCUUUGUGUCCAGAUUUCCACUUUUCAAAAUAUGGCAACCCUAACUAAGCCAUUCCAACCCUAUCCACUUUGCCACACCGGUUUAUUCCACCUCUUCUCUUUGAUGAUGAUCAUCCUUAUAAAUAUAUAUGUUUCACCAACACUCCUCGCAUGUCACUGGCUUGACGUGAAAUGUAAAGGACCCCUGGAUGGUUAAGUCCAGUCAAAGGCGACUAUGGGAUGCGGCGCUCAUCUCGCUUUUCAGAUGUAACCAUAUGGCAAUACAGCACUAGCAAAAAUUAAGCACGUUUGAGUUCCAUUGACGUGAUUUCAUUGGUAAGCAUGUACGUUUAGCUCUCUUUCACCGAAGUCAGUGAGACAUAGACAUACUUAUCUUGGGAUAGUACCCAUAGAGCUUGAUGGCACGACAUGGCAAAUUAGAGCAUAUACUUUGUCCAUUGCAAUGGAUCCCAUGUGCUCUUGCUUUCAAGUGCUUUCCCAUUUAUGUGGGAGCAUCUCUUAAGAGUUCAGAACUGUCCUUUCCAUUGAAGUGAGUAAAGCAUCCCAUACAUGCAAAACUCUGGUUUAGAGGUAUGCAUCAACCACAAGAUUCGGUUGAGACCCCAAUGUGGUCCCUCAUGAAACAGCCUGAUUUGGCUCAGACCAAUUCGAAGCUUUUCUGAUUCAGUUCAGGGAUCUAUUUGAGUCUGUUUUGUUCAGUGCACCUGCAGUUGUUACUGAGAUUAACAAAAGCAAAAAACAGCUAUAACUGUAGGGUUGCCAUAUGUCUGGAAUGUCCCAGACAUACCCGGAAUACUGUAGUUGGAAGCAGUGUCCAGGCGCAAAUCAGCAAAAUGUCCGGGGAAAUCUGGAUGUACGGCAGCCCAUGUUGGCAGUGUCAUUUUUACUGAUUUUCCAUUAAAUUGGCUCAGAAACGUCGGUGGGGGGGGGGGGGUUGGUGAUAAAAAGCUCAACAACUCUUGUUUCUGGAUUUUCACUUUUUGAAAUAUGGCAAUCCUAUUAACUUUGUUCUUUUAUAACAGCAGCCCCAUUUUGUAAAUACAGCAGUUUUAUGCUGAGCAGAAAGUCUAGCUGUGAAAGUAACUUUCUAUAAUACCAGUUAUCAUUGUCACGAGCAAAUGUAAAUUAAAAUCAGCUUUCGAUUUUUACUCAGUCUUUCAAACACACUGGGAGUAAAAGUAAUUGUAACUGAAGUUUGUUUUUAAUUGCAGCAAUUGACAUGUGGUCUGCAGGAAUCAUAUUCCUUUCUCUGCUGAGUGGCCGGUAUCCAUUUUACAAAGCAAGUGAUGAUUUAACAGCUUUGGCACAGAUUAUGACUAUUCGUGGAUCCAGGGAGACAAUUCAAGCUGCUAAAACAUUUGGUGUGCAGGUUUUGUAUUUAUAUUUUUUUGUAAUUCAGUGUACGUUCAGACUGUUUGGUAGCCAGGCGCUUUCUGUAGAUAAUUUGUGUUUAUAUUCCCAGAGACUUUCGAAUGGCAUUGGAAUUCAUUGGUCUAAACACCAGAAUCAGGCUGACCUCAAGUUAGUUUUAAAUAAUCCCAGUAGAAAUUAAGCUUUAAAGACAUAGAGGAUUGUUACCAAAGAUGUGUCUGGUUGUUUUUCAUCAAUAUAUGAAUUUCGGCUUUCUAGCAGCUUCUGGUCCAGCCCACUGUUCUGAAUUCUUCCCAUUUUCCUCUCCUAAAAUCUCCCAUAUAGUUACCUUCUUGCUUCCAUCCUCUGUACCAUUUCCUCUUUCAUUCCUCCUGCCCUAGACUGCCCCCUGCAAAUUUCCCAUGGGCCUGAUUGCCUUCUUGGACCCCUGCCACUUCCUUUCCUAAGCCCUGUGUGCUUGUCCUGGCACUUGUUAGGACAAAACCGGCUGACCUCUCAUCCCUUGGUGACUUGAAGGCAGUCCAGCAAAUAGCUGCCAGCGCCUUCAUUGUCAUCACCACUACUUCCUCACAGAAGUUAUUCCUUCAUGCAUCAUCAUAUAAAUAUUUUUCUGGUAUCUGUUACUCCUGAUAUUUCAGAAACUGUUCAAACAACCAAAUACGUGGGUAUGUACUUAGCAGAUUGUGUUUAAAGGUCCAUUCAUGCAAACAAAAGUAGCAACAGGUAAUACACAGGCUAAUCACACCUUAAAACUGCUGCUGUCAGUUACUUAACAUUUGAUUAUUAUUUUUUAAAUUAAAUAUAUGGAAAAGAACAAUUGGCCUUACCCGAAGUGUAGAUUUAAGAGAGGGACGCUAGAGCCAAUGGACCCCACCCUCGGGUGCUCUGUGACGCACUGAUGUUAAUGUGGGGCUCUCAAUUGUUAUUUGUUCCUGAGUGCAUACAUGUAUCUUAGUCCCAUUCUUUGGUUUUUUUCCGAGUUGGGGAGGGGGAAGUAGGCAGGUAUAUUGGUUUUUUCAGUGACUCUGUCGGUACCUUGCUGCUUGGCGAAUCCGGAAAACUCAGGGAAUUGAGCCUAUUUCCCACAAGUCUUUUCUCCUGCCUGUCAUCAGCUGAUGAGGAAUGUCCCACAGCAUUGGCUGCAGUGCCCCUCGAAAUAAAUUGCUGUCCUUCCCCCCCUAAACCGAAGCACAUAGUGGUUGGCUGCAUAUUUUCUAAAGGUGUCUCCCUCUUAGCAUAGCUGAGAGUGUGCAGACGACUGGCCUCAUAACCUAGUAUUCCAGCCAUAUGCCCUGCUUGUCUUAGUAUGUACCUGUGCUUCAUGUAUCCCCAGUGGGAAUUACUGCCAGUGUCACCAGAACUGCUCUUUCACAGAUUCACAUGUGUGUAUAUGACUAAGAGGCAGAGCGUCUGCUUUGCAUCCUGGGUAGUCCUGCAAAUGUCCCCUGUUGGAAAAACUGGAGAGCUGCUGUCGGUCAAUGUACACAGUACUGAGCAGGAUGGAACAAUGGUCUGACUCUGUUCAAGGCAGCUUCCCGUUUCCCUCCUAUCCGUAUUCAUCCAGGGGUGCAACAUGAGGUCUUUGCAUGCCCGCACAUCCCCAAAACACACCUAUCAAAAGUUCUUUGGGACUUAGUCAGGAUUUAACUCAGUUCUGUUGGCUGUUUUGUAUUCCAUUGUUGUUGUUUAGUCGUUUAAUCGUGUCCGACUCUUCGUGACCCCAUCGACCAGAGCACGCCAGGCACUCCUGUCUUCCACUGUCUCCCGCAAUUUGGUCAAAGUCAUGCUGGUAGCUUCGAGAACACUGUCCAACCAUCUUGUCCUCUGUCGUCCCCUUCUCCUUGUGCCCUCCAUCUUUCCCAACAUCAGGGUCUUUUCCAGGGAGUCUUCUCUUCUCAUGAGGUGGCCAAAGUAUUGGAGUCUCAGCUUCAGGAUCUGUCCUUCCAGUGAGCACUCAGGGCUGGUUUCCUUAAGAAUGGAUAGGUUUGAUCUUCUUGCAGUCCAUGGGACUCUCAAGAGUCUCCUCCAGCACCAUAAUUCAAAAGCAUCAAUUCUUUGGCAAUCAGCCUUCUUUAUGGUCCAGCUCUCACUUCCAUACAUCACUAUUCCAUUACAAAAUAGCAAUAUGGCAGAUUCAUCUCUUGGCGUGUUUGUGUGUGUGAGAGAGAGAGAGAGAGAAAUCUGUUUUGCAAGCUUUGGUUCUAUGAAAGGUCCAGUUGACCCAAUUUGCGCAUAACAUUAAACCAGUUUAGUUCAAAACUCCCUCUUUACUCCUGCGUCAGGGGUGCCAACUUGAAGAAAAAUUUGUGGGGCCCUACAUAAUCGAUCACAUGACACAGUGCACACACACCAUUUAAAUGGGAAUGCCCAUCAACUUUGUGGGGGCCCAGCCCCCUCAAAUAUUUUAUUUUGGGGGCCAAAGACCACACAGCCCCUAGGAGUUGGCUCCUACGUCCUGUGCUGUGCUUGCAGGAAACAGUUCACAGUGCUGGCUUAAUGUUGUGCGCAAGCCCACUCUUGUUGGUUCCUUUCUCUUAUUUUAAACCACAAGCAGAACCCAUGGGCUUCCUGUUCAUGGUUUUGGGGAAAACAAUGAGCUCUGGUACACACGCAAUGCCAAGCCAGUGAUGCAGGUUUAUUCCUCCAAGCAUGGCACAGGUAGGGACGAAGUGGGGACAUUUGAGCAGUAUUCACCAGCACACUGCACAUUUACAUUAAGCCAUAGUUUAUUUAAAAUUAUGGCUUUAAUGUUAAGUGCAAACCAGUGUGCUAAGUGACAAACUAGCUUAUGUUUUUUGAAAGGUCGACAGUACUGCUUUAAUGUAUUCUAUGUGUGCAUCCACUGUCUGUGUUACAGUGUUAUAAUGUGUCUUCUGAAAGCUGUCAAGCAUCCAUUCUAACCACAGUGCUUUUCACACAGGUAAAUCAAUACUGUGUAGUAAAGAUAUCCCAGCGCAGGAUUUACGAAUGCUCUGUGAAAGGCUGAGGGGGAGCAAAACCAGCUUUGACAUCUCGACAGGUGAUGGGCAGAUCAACCUUUCUCAGGAACCUGCGUUACAAGCUGAAAUCUUCAACAUUUCAGAGCCUGCACUUCAGACAUCUAAAAAGCACCUACAGUAUCAGAAGCCAAGUUAUGAACGUGAUGGCCUGGUUAUUAGAACUUCUGAAAAGCCAGCUGAUCUGGGAUGGGACAAAGUCCCUGAUGAGGCCUAUGAUCUUCUGGAUAAACUGCUAGACCUAAAUCCUGCUACAAGAAUAACUGCAAAGGAUGCCUUGCUUCAUCCUUUCUUCAAAAAUAUUAAGCAGUGAAAAGAUGCUCGGCUCUGUACCACCAGAAGCAUUGAAAGCCAUAGUUUCCUUAUCUUUAAACGAAAUCAGAAUCCCUAGAGGGACAUUGUUUCCUCCAAAUUGCUUCACAGCUACAUCCAACUUGCGGAAACAAAAUAAAACAAAAACCUUGUCAACUAUUAAACAUACUGAAGUCCAAAUCAAAGGCAGACUGGGACAGGUUUUUCCCCAUGCUAUUACACCAUACAUUUCUAAAUUAUUUUAAUUUUGUUGUGUCGCUGACGAUGCAAUCUGCAGGUGCACUGAACCUCCAUGAAGCAGCUUGCAACCCACAGUGGUCCAAGUCUGGUCUUGGCACGAUACCUGCAUGGGCUUCCUUUGGGCUGCCUUGUUCUUGACUUCUAGGAGCGCCGCUUCUUAAUCAGCUCCUAAUACCUGUACAAAUGUGCCUUUAAUAUGUGAAGGGUGCUGAUGUGAGACUUUGAUAGAGAAAAGAUUCCCGCUGUACUUCUAGCCUCGCAGACCAAUAAGUAUACUUGAAAACUUGUCCUAGUCAUCAAAACACAUUCUCUCUUCGGAGGAAGAAAUGGAGAAUUCUGAAGUUUUGAGAGCCCACAGCAGUAGUUUCUGAAGGCUUAGGACUACAGCUAUUGAAUGCAUGCAUUUUAGGUGGAACGAGAAGCAGCUGUGAUCAUAGUUAUUCUAGUGUGCCCAAUCUUAGCCAACUUAAAAGACCCACGUUUCCCUUCUUUCCAGGAGCUGGCAGGUGGGGAGUGAUGGCCAUGCAGAUGUUUUCUGUUGCUUACUGGAACAUUUCGGGCAGAAUGGUGGUUAGGACAGGGCAGUGCCAGCACCCCAGUGAAGCCAACCUGCCACUCCUGCUGGUGCAGCCAUGCCACUCUGAGCUUGCUGCUCCCUUGCCUCACCCACAUCAGCAUUACUGAUGCCAGCUGGCCAGAUCUGCAGUGUUGCCCCUCCCUGCCAGCCGUUCCUGUUCCCUAUCCAUGUCACUAUCAAGACUGAACAAUUUUCAUAUAAUUACAUGGCCAUUCAGCUUAAUAAGGCUUAGUGCUUGCCAUAAAGAUUUUGACCCCCCCCCCACUCCAAAUUUUUGGAGUUGAAGGAAAAUAUGGAUUGUGUUCUUUUUGUCCUCUUUGAAAACUUCUACCUUUCCUCUCUGCUCUGCUAGCAUUUGAGAUGGGUACCAGUUGCCCUGCACUGUGUGCCAUAAUAUCUACAUAUGCAAGACCUAGUUUGUCGAGUAUUAGCUUACAUUACUUUGUAUAAUGUGUACGAUUGUCAAAACAGUUUGAUUUUCCUAGAAUGACCAAAAGUAAACAUAUUUCAUACACUAUAAAAAUGGAUAUUAUUAUCGCACAACAAUAUGUUACGGGAUUGUGUGUGUCUCUUAUUUUUGUUCUUUGGUUGCAAAAAAAGAAAAGAAAAAAAAGGACAGGCUCAGCCAGCACGUGUCUCAAAACUGACAGAGGCAUCUUGCCUCUGAUAUUGGAGAUAGUAUACAACCAUCAUGAUGAGCCAUUGAUAGCUUUAAUGUUUCAUGAAUUUGCCAAAUCCUCUUUUAAAGCAACAUCAUUCACUACAUUAAAGGCAAUGUAAGAUAAGCUAAUAAUUACAUCAUAAGCACUAAUUGGCAGAACUGAAUACCAUAGUAGUGGAUUUUCUGCUUCCCCAAGAGGUUAGCCUCUGAAUGUUUAGCUUUUGUCACCUUGUACUAAAUAUAUAUCCGUUUAACUUUUGUGUUAUUUCUCGAUUCCCCCCUAAAAUUGUUUUAAUACGGAAUACUAAUGGCAGAGUCCUAUAAACGUCUACUAGG